GAAAGAAAAUUUAGAAAACCUUUCUCAAUUUUCUCUCCUCUGUUCUUCAGUCUCAGGUCUCAUUUUGUCUUCUUCACUCUUCAAUUCAGAAAUCAGAUUCUCUUAUUCACUCUUCAAAUCACUACCGGUACCAUCUCCGUCAAAUCACCAGCAACAGGCCAGUUAGAAAGAAGAAAAGAAAGGGGUCUCUUGAGUAACAAAAACCCUAAAAGCUGCAAUACGAUCAACUGAAGCAGCAGUAUAUGAAGUAGAGAUUGCAAAGAGAAUAAGGUCUGUAGGAUCCAAAUUGAGGAAGUACCAAAGUGGUGUGAAACUGUGCAAUACAUGCUUUGUUCUAGCUAUAGUAUACCAUAUGUUGAGGAAAAGAUUGGGAGAAGUUAGUUGAAUUGUAUUAAUGGAGGGUAAUAAGGUUCCCAAUCUCUGUCAUAGUCCUCGAUCCCCUGGCAAGCAGAAGUUUGACAACCUAUAUGUGGAGUAAAUGUAUAUGAAAGUGAAAGUUGUGAAUGGCGAUGAUGAAUCGGAUUUCGUCAAGAUUCUCAAGAUGUUUGACAUCUUCAAUAACUACUCUUCUUCAUUUUGAUUCCUCCUCCUCUUCAUUAGGAAGACACUCCUAUAACACUUCUUCUCUGCAAAGAUAUGCCCAAGAGAAGCCAAAGCAAAUGAUUCCAGGAAAUAACAUGAAAUGGGGUUCACUUGGUCCUCGUAGAGAUUAUUCGAAUUUCGCGUCUGGGUUCACGCCUUUGCAACAAAAACCAUUGAGUUCAAUUAUUGACAUUGAGAGAGCCAAGAAUUUCUCACCAGAAGAUCUUGCCGACAUUUGGGAUGAUUAUCACUUGGGGAGAGGUCAUAUUGGCAUAACGAUGAAGGCGAAAUUGUAUCACCUAAUGAAGCAAAGAGCAGUUACUUGUCGGCAUUUUGUCAUUCCAUUAUGGAAAGGAACUGGUUAUGUAACAAUGUUCGUUCAAGUGCAGAUGCCACACAUUAUUUUCACUGGUCUGGAAGAUUACAAGGCAAGAGGAACCCAAGCAGCACCCUAUUUCACAGCUACUUAUUUCACAGAAUUUGCGGAGACCAAGGAUAUGGUGCUCGUCCGUGGGGAUAUUUUAUUCACCAGCAAGCUCACUGACACGGAGGCUCAAUGGCUUCUUGAGGCAACUCAAGCUUUCUAUCUCAAUGAUGCCAGGUACAAACUGGUUGAACAAUUUAACAAGCAGACUCACGAUUUUGAGUUCAAGGAUGUGUUGAAGGCACUGGAUAUGCCAGUGGGUUGAUUUGCCAAUAGAUCUCCAUUCCCCUGUUGUACCCACUGAGAUUGUUGACCACCCCAGAAGGAACUUUUGGGAUGUGAAUACCUUCUGCGGUUCUGCCAAUUUUCGUUUUUCGGUCUUGUUUAGGUCAUAAGGAAGCGGCACGCAAUGACUUUUUAUGAAGCUUCCAUUAAUUUUGCUUCAAUUUGAUUUUAACUGUGUCCCAUCACUUUGUCACCUGGGCUGGAUUUCUAUUAAACUUUUCUUGAAUUUAAUAUUAACUGUGGCCCAUCAAUUUGUCACUUGGUUUGGAGUUUUAUUAGUGUUGUGUUGUAAAGUUAAGACCACCUGAAUCCAUCAUACAUAGGGUGUUAAUAGUAUUACUCUUGCGCAGUAAGUAUACUUGUCAUGCUAAUGUAACCUGCAAGUAUCUAUUCUAGAUUGCCUGCUUUUUGUCAGGGAAAUAUAAAUGGAAGUGAAAGGAAAAGACAAAGACAAGGUGAAAUGGAUGCACAGCGAAGGGGAGAUCAAGUGAAGCAGCACUGUAUUCCAGAUAAAGUGAAGUGCAGUUUAAUGACCGAAGAAGAAAAGGAAGGGCUUCGUGAAAAAAGGCGCAACGCAUAUCUUAGGCGGAAAGUAGGACAGCGGUGGAGUUGAAAAAAAUGUUGUGAAUGAAGCAAAACUAGUGCCGGUCAAUCACAUCAAAGUGCCACAAGACAAGCAGACAAUACUCCAUGUAUUGUGUCAAUCGGAGGCAGUGAAGUUCCCAAUCUCCCCCAAAGCCCUAGAGUUUCUGAAAAAGAUCAACAUCGGGUGCUAGAAAAAAUUGGCACAGGAAUGGUUACUGUGAAAUAACGACUACAGCACUUGAACCAAGCUUCGGAGAUAACACUGUCGUACUUGAAAUGCAACGACAAGGAAUAGUGACAGUCGCCGAGGUGGUAUCAUCAUAUGAUUAAUAUCUCAAGGCAUCUGAAGCAUCUUCGUCCCACUGAAUAUUUUAAGAUGGCGAUGUCGUCUCAAACUCAUCACCACAGCCUAUAACAACUUCAUCAAAGAGUAGCACUGUGGAUACCUUCUGAGUUGGUACUACUUAGGUGGCUCAUGGGAGUUUCUUUUCUGCCCUUUGCACUGCAAGAUAGUGGCUAUCAAACUCCUUCAAAUUUGUCAAUCCCGUGGUCAAAUAAUGGUCCAUCAAAAAGCUUCAGACUGUCAUGCGGUAUUCUGGAGCAUGCAAGAAGAUGUAACGGCUUCGCUGAAAAUUGUGAAGUCUAAGAUCUCUCACUUACCCUUGAUUUCUGGACUUCCUACGAACAAAUCUUCUAUGUGAUCAUCACAGGCCACUGGAAUGAUGAGUGAUCUUCUCUGCAUAAGGUUCUUCUUGGCAUUUUGAUUUGGCAUUAAAACUUGAAGAAUGUUGUGGUGAUGAAGGUGGAUCCUCCGAUAAAAAACCAUUAAUUGUAUACAGUUCUUAGUAACCAUGAUUUGGCAACUCCUAUGACCAUCACUAAAGUAUCAAGCUCGCCAGAAUUCAGUGAACCACUCCUAGCGUGGAAUGUUAAGAUGGGUGUUUGUUGUAUCCAAUAGUGGUUGUUAAAAUGGAAGAGUUGAUUCUGAAUAAUGGAGUGAAAUGCUGGAAAGCAGAAGUGAACUCGAUAAAGGAUAUCUCUGGCUUGUAGGCAAUGGUCAGUCCAUAAUAUUUUUUCUGAUCCCUGGAUACCUUGUAUAGCUGGUUCGAUUCCUGCAAGAAAUGAAGCAAGUUCAACGGAGAUUUCAAAAGUCCACCAGUUGCUGGAUUAGCCUGGAUAAUACAACAGGACAGUGGCUAAGGAGGACAGACACAUCUGGAGAUUAACCAACCAUGGUGACUUUACUCCUCAAUCGUUCCAGAAAAUGCUUGAAGAACAACAAGGUGAAUCUUCACAACUGAGGGAGCAAGAUUUUCCAUGGAAAAAAUUCUGGGCAAUUAAGAGAGUUGCACCGAAAAUCAAAUCCUUUUUGUGGCGUGCCUUCAACAAUGGGAUCGCAGUCUCCCAGAGAAUAAGUAGACGUGUUGAAGGAGCUUCCACCAUUUGUAACAUCUGCAAUUCUGAAGAGGAAUCUGUGAACCAUUUACUGAUUCACUGUAACUUUGCACAGGCGGUCGGGUUUGCUUCACCUUUUGGUCUUCACAUUCAAGCGUGGAAGGAUGGAUAUUAUGCUUGUGCGGCUGUUGUAAGAGACAGUAAAGGGACCUGUUUGGGUGCAAGCACAAGAACUGGCGGUUCUGAUACAGUACUUUCCGCAGAAGCUGAUGGGUUUAAGUUAGCUGCAGAGCUGGGCAUCAUGUUGAAUUUAAGUCCCAUCAUCAUAGAGGGUGAUAGCCAAUUAUGAAGAACUUAACUGGAGAAUUGAGAAAUACCCCCUGGAGAAUUCGGAGGAUAAAGGAAGACAAUAGCAAUAAUGCUUGCAAGUUUGUGCCAAAGACAUCUAAUGUUUUUUUUUUAUCAGAUAGCAGCGGGAAUUGAACCCCUUACCUAUAACUUGGGAGUUCAACCCCUAGCCAACUGGGCUAAUCCCGAUUGGUUAAAGACAGCUAAUGUUGCUGCUCACAAUUUGGCCCACUUUUGCUUUAGCUCGUCAAGUCCAAGCUAGUUGGACUAGCUCUGAAAUCUGAAAUUCCGACUAAUAUUGUGAUGGUUGUAAACAAUAUUUAUUUAGUCUUCUUGCUCGGUUUGUAUACCAACAAAAAAUAAUGAAAAGUCUAGAUUCGAUACA